GACUAAAGAAUCGAUCAUAAUGUUGCCCACCAAUGUAAUGACAUUCAUGAAAAAGAUGGUCGCCACCGAUGAGACGCCAUCCACACAAAAUCAACCCGAUGCUGGUGGUACAUUCGGCAAGUUGAAACAGACACUGUCAUCGUCAUUGCUUACAGCGCAGGAUAGAGUGAAUAAAAUGUCACCACGUCCUUCGUUGGCGCCCACAGAAGACGGCAGCUAUGGUGGGGCGUAUCAACAGCAGUCACAGGACGCCUAUGCGGCCAACCAGAACAAUAACAAUAAUAACAAUACAACAGGCGGCAGUAGCGCAGGCAGUGCGAAUUCAUCGAAGAAUGAGCCGGGACGACGCGCGGGGGCUUGUCGUGUUUGCUUGAAAUCAUUCAAGCCCGAUGACUAUCACAAGACGUGCUUCGAGUGUCAGCAGCGUGUGUGCGAGGAUUGUGCUAGCUAUAGCAAGCUGGAGGAGAAUGAGGAUGCGAACAUGUGGCGCUGCAGUGUUUGCCGACGAAAGAUGGCCUCUCGUGUGUGCAUUCCUCAAGACUCGACCGACUCCUCGUUGGACGUGCCCGUGCUGGAAGCCUUGCAACGGCGUCACUCCGACGCUAAACUAGGCUCAACACAGACACUCGCGCCGGCAAAUGGCGCCGCCUUGGCACCACCACGCAGUCCCGAAGUGCGUCGGCAUUCCGACGUCUCACCCGCCUCUCUUAAAGAACUUGAAAAGGUAAGCGCUGGUGGACGCAGCAUGGCGCCUAGUCGUUCAUCGAGCCCGCCACGGCAAUCGGAUUUGGAGCAGCAACCGCCAUUUGGCGCGCCUCUGUCACGCAUUGCAUCGCGUCGAGGUUCGAGGGUGGCGCGGCAGCAUAGCUAUGAUGAUGACAUGAAUAGCGCGAUUAUGGCAGCGGCGGCGACGGCGGCGAUGGCUGGCGCAGGCGGAGCUUUAGGCGCGCCUGGUGGAUUAGGCAUGGCAGGCGGUGAUGCUGGACUUGGCAUACCGGCAAUACCCAGAAGGAAAUCGGCAUACGAUGUUUUCGCACCAAAUUUGCUACAGAAUGUGGCGCCAUCAGCAACUCAGCACCAACGCUCGCCCGGCGAUGGCAUGUCACCACAAAUUGCGCUACCCGGUUCGCGGCGACCCUCGUUCCGCGUGCCGCAUCCUUCCGAGGAUCUGCAGAACGAUGAGUCCCCAAGUCCGGAUAAGGGCAGCCCAGUGCUAACGGUGGACGAUGAUAGGCGCCUACGGCGACGUGGAUCACAACUUCCCGAUUUGGCGGCAUUGCAACAGCGCGGUGCUAUACCAACCAACUUACCCGUCAACAUACCACCUCCACUCGCCGCCUUUACUGGUCCCAAUUUAGAAGACUUAGAAGCUCCAAGGCGCCAAACAUCCAUGGAUGGGGAAGCUAUUAAAAUUGUUAUACACGAUGUGGACUCGGGUCCAAUUUGCCCAUCGAAGCGAAGAAUUGUGCUGCGCAAAGAUCCAACAGACAAGGCGCAUCGCACACGUGGCUUUGGUAUGCGCGUCGUUGGCGGCAAAACUGGUGCAGAUGGCCGUCUCUUCGCUUACAUCGUAUGGACAGUGCCAGGUGGGCCGGCGGAAAAGAAUGGACUACAGCAAGGCGAUAAGAUACUUGAGUGGAACGGCAUGUCCCUAAUCGAUCGCAGUUUCGAAGAAGUCUGCUCUAUUAUGGAUCGCACCGGAGAUAUUGUAGAGCUGCUCGUCGAGCAUGCCACGGACUUUCGCAUGUGUGAUCUGUUCGAUGAAAAUCUACCACCAGGCAACAGUGGCAAUCAAAGCGGUCCACGGCGUUCUGGCGACGGUCCUGUGGGACUAGGCUUAAUCGCAGACCCCGAAACAACAAUAGACAAAUCACCGGCCUCGCCAACCAGACGGAAAUUACCCAAAACUCCGGAGCAAAUUGCACGCGAGAAGCAAGUAAGUGGGCGUGUACAGUUACAAGUUUGGUAUAAUGCCGAUCGUAAUGAGUUGGUGGUGUCGCUAAUGGCCGCUGAUGAUUUGGCGCUCCGCGAUGAAGCCUAUGGCCACGGCAAUCUACCGGAAGCGUAUGCUAAAGUACGCAUUUCACCCAAAUGCGGCGAUGGCAGCGUUCAACAAACCGAAGUUAGCCAUCCCACGCAAAAUCCGAUCUGGAAUGCGACGCUCACCUUUCAGCACGUGAAUGCCGACAGCCUCAUGGAUCGGCACAUUGACAUACAGUUGUGGGAUCUGGUACCGCAUACAGAGUCCAUUUUUUUGGGCGAAUGUAAUGUCAAUUUGCAACAGGCAUUUCUUGACGAUCGCGCCAUCUGGUGUCGACUGGACGAUCCGAAGGGGCUGCGCGGCAUUAGCAUGUCAAAAUCGCCGAGCGUCUCACCGCGCGGCUCCAUUGCCACCGGCUGUCCAGGCGGUGAUGUAUCGCGUCUAUUGCGACGUGACUAUAAUAUGCAACGUUCCAUAUCGGACGAUGUUGACUCAAUCGGCGAUGGCACAUCGCUGCUGCAUCCCGAUACCGCCUGGGUGGCUGGCUCACGGCGUGGUUCCUCGCAGUCGGAGACGCUCGAGGUGGAGGUGUAUCAGUUGGGUAAAGAUUUCUCACGUUCAUUGCCGGGUUCGCGACGUUCCUCCUUCCAAGAUCCCGAUAAGAUGCGCGAAGAAGACAACAUGGCAGCACCGCCACCAGCCUCGUACUAUGUGGGUCGGCGGCGUUCAUCGGUGGCGCGUCGCGAUCCCGAUGAGAUACUAAGCUCGCUGAAAGCAGUGCGAGGCGAGCUCGGGCGUGCGAUGAGUUUGGGAACGGAGCAGCAGAAGCGGCCAGGAUCUAGACGCGCCAGUCGUGUUGGCUUACCGAGCAAUCCGAGUAGUCGCAAAGGCUCCAUACUUGAUGUCACUCAACAACAACAGCAGCUGCAACAACACUUGCCGGUGGGCAUUGGCAAUGCAGCGACCAGUCCACCUUCGGAUGAGGAGAACAAACAGUUUACGACGCGUUGGAAGGGUUCGGGUAGCAAUUUGCGUCCACAAAGCGCCAAACAGGCCUUAUCAAUGCUAAAGCAAGCCUCGUCCGCCACAAAUGUAGCAAUGCAAGGACAGAGCGGCAGCACCAGUGGCAGCCUACUGAGCGUCGGUGCUGACAGCCCCAAGCAGUUGCGCAAGGGCAGCAUGAUUAAUCUGAAGACGAUUGCUGGCAACAGCAGCGGUGCAGACAAUACACUCGGCCCGACGACGGUGCUGCAGCGCAAAGGUAGUGUCUAUGCGCAUGCAACAACGGAGCGUGACACGGGCAGCAGUGGUUCGCCACAGCGCAAGAGCAGCAUUUAUCCAGGCGGUUGGAAAGCAGGCGCUCCCGAAGCUGAGUCCCCGCUAAUGCGCAAGGGCAGCAUUAUCAGCAGUUUAACGUCCACGACUGUAACCACAGUCGCCACUACGGGCAUCGAUACGGACUAUGGACUCAAAAUGGGCCCAGGACAGAUACAUCCAAAGGGCUAUCGCUUGACAAUGGUGCGGCAUGGUGAGCUGAAGAUGGGAUUUACGAAAAUCAAAGGCGUGGUAGAAGUGGAGGUGAUAUGUGCACGCAAUAUAGUGCCCGUGGACUGUGAAACGCCGCCGGACACAUACGUAAAAUGCUAUGUCAAGGAUGGCGAUCGACUGCGGCAUAAGAAGAAAACGCGCGUGGUGAGGCAUUCGGCAGAGCCAUUCUACAAACAGACGCUCAAGUAUCAGAGUGCCGAUGUUUUCGGACGCAAUAUCGUCAUCAUGGUCUGGCAACGUUGUGUCGGCUUUGAACACAAUCAAGGUUUGGGCGGCACUGAGGUCAAUCUGGACAAGAUCAAUGCUUCGCAACGCAUCGGUGGUUGGUAUCCACUAUUUCCGAUGCACUCAUUAGGCGGAUCGGAUUCGGAUAAUUCUCCUUGA